AUUUUUUAUGGUAAACUAGAAGGACACAAGAAGAUAUCGAUAGCAAUGUUUACGGUAUGGCUAUUUAUAUUGCUGGUAAACACUGUUGGUGGUGUAAUAGAGUUAACUGAUUUCUAUCCGUACGGGACAGUAACAAACGAUCAAAUGUUACCAAAGAGAGACGAUGAAUCAACAAGAAUAACGAUAUCGUUCAACUUUCCAUUCUUUGGUUCCAUUUACCAAGAAGUGUUUUUAAGUACAAACGGAAUAAUAACAUUUGGAGCCGGAAAUAGAGAUUACACCCCGACGCCAUUUCCACUGCAAAACAUGCAAUCUGUGGCAACUUAUUGGACAGACAGCAAUCCCGCAAACGGAGGAAACAUUUUCUAUAAAGAAACAAAAAAUAGAACUCUUCUCAGAAAAAUUUCUGAGGAAAUAAAGCAUCAUCUUAUCAGUUACUAUAGAUUUAAUGCUGAAUGGGCACUAAUUGUUACUUUUGAUAAAGUGCUGCCAUACGGGUGUGGAUGCAAUACCUCAUGUUCCAGUAAAGUUACAUACCAAACAGUUCUAACCAGUGAUGGAGUUAACUCGUUUGCAAUUUUUAAUUUUAACCAGCUUGGCUAUUCUACGGGAUCAAACGGCUGCACAGGUUUUGCUCAAGUAGGUUUUAAUGCAGGAGAUGGAAAAAGAUUUUUUCUUAUGCCAAAAUCCAAAACUGCUGGGAUACCAGAAAUUGCGCUUUUUCACAGCAACGUAGGAAACCCUGGAAAAUGGAUAUUUUCAACUGAUGCUAACGAUAUUAUUGAACAAUGUAACACAAAAGGUCAGCUAGAAAUAUAUCCAAGAAAGGCACUUUAUUUUGGGGCUUGCGAGCUUAUAAUAUCGGGUUUUUGUUACCAGCAAAACAAUUCAAAUAUUUCGGUUAUGAUUGAUAACAAUACUGUUUCUUGCUUCCUUGGACAAUGGCAAAACUUGCACUGUAGAGUUCCGUUUCUCAAAAAACUAGGAAAAAUUGAUAUAGUUUUAGAAUACAACUCUACUAUAUACAAGAGCUUUAUCAUAUCCGUAGGAAGAGAUGACGGCAUGGUAGUGGAAAACAUAAACAAUAUUCUAUCUGAACCACACUUAGACGAAAAUUUUUCUAUAGAGUGGGAUCCUACAAAUGAUGAUCAGCAAAGCAUUGAGUUUUCAGGAUAUCAGAUUGAUUAUUAUAUAAACAAUCAAGGAUCUAUUGUUUUUGAAGAAAUAAAUGCUCUACGAUAUGGCCAUAUUUCAAACAAUGGAAAAGUUUCUUUGCGUCCCUUUGUAACCUCAAAAUAUCACAAGUAUGUUGAACUUAAGUUAAUAAGAAGUAUUUUUUUAUCAGGCUACUUUACUUCUACAUCUGCUAUUACAGCCAUGAUUGUUAAAACAGAGAAUUCAGCAGCUACAAUGCAUUGCACUAAUUGGUAUUAUAAUCAAUCGUCAUCUUCAGAAAUACGAAGUAUAGUUGAGGAUUUAAAUCAAAGAAAAGCCUGUUUACCAGCAAUCCCUCCAAAUUUUCCUCAUAAAAUAGAAAAUUACGUUAUAGACGAAAGAUGCAAUCCAAAAGAUGUAAAAAAUAAAGUAAUGUGUGAAACGUUUCAUCCUGGUGCAAAGGCCUGCUAUAGAAGCACACAAAAUGAAGGCGAUCCAGUUGUCCAAUGCUGCUACAGUGAUGAUUACAAACUUUUGUUAAGUAAACCUUCUAGUGGAACACUUAGCUUUGGUGAUUUAGAAAUAACUACAUUGGGUCAUUUUAAAAAUGAUCUACUGCCCUAUUUAACGUGUUGCAAAAUAGGAAUCAAUCAAAAGGAAAAAUAUUAUCAAAAACGACCUAGUAUAAAUCCUAGAAUCGUGAGACCAAGAAUAGCCGUAAACGCAAAUGGAGAUCCUCAUUUUACUACGUUGGAUGGAACUUCUUACAGUUUUAACCCUGUUGGUGAAUUUGUUUAUUUGACAACACUAACUAAGUCUGAUAUAAUUCAGUCACGAAUGUCUCAAUUUAUCAAUCAAAACGGCAUUAAAAAAGGUGCUAGCUUUUUUUCUGGAUUUGUAGUUAAAGGACAUAAUUCUGACACCAUUCAAAUAGAAUUAAGUACCAAGCAAGCUUUUGUGUUUAUUAUUAACGGACAAUUAAUGAAUUUGGAUUUUGGAUUUUGGGAAUUUAAUGGAAUAAGUUUAGAUUACGAAAACAAUGCGACCGUAGUAGUUCAAACUAAUUCGGGUAUUCGAUUUGAGAUAAUAGCCCUUAAUAAAGCACUUCACACUAUUUUAAUUUUAUCGGAAACAUUCAAAAACCGAAUUAGAGGUUUAAUAGGAGACUGGGACGACAAUUCAAGCAAUGAUCUAAAGUUACCGAACGGAACAUUUAUUUCAAGCGACUCAACUAACUACGAUAUUCACUUUAAUUUUGGAAUGUUUUGGUCAACUUCUAAUGAAACAUCUUUAUUCACUUAUCCUAACGGUCUCUCAUGGUUUGAUUAUCAAGAUCAAAGUUUUGUCCCUGACUUUUCAACUCCUUUUGAUUACCCGCAGUGUAACGGAAGCAAAGCUUGUAGUUAUGAUAUACAAGUCACCGGUAAUGUAAACUUUGGAAUAAGUAAUUUAGUUAUAUUAAAUAAAACGGUUGAUUUAAAACAAACCUAUCAAAACAUAGCUCAAACGUGCCCUCCUAGUUUUAACGUACUAAAUGGCAAAGUUGAAGUAAAAGUAAACGGAAAUUCAGUGCAAUACUUUCUUAUAUGUAAUAACGGAUUUAAAGUUACUGGAAAUAAGUAUUCAAAAUGCGAAUCUGGUUCAUACCCCCCAAUUGGUUUUUGUAACCUUCACUCUAAUUCUGGCAAAAGACUCAAAUUUGCUUCAUUUCUUUUAAUUGGGUGCUUGAUAUACAACUUUAUUUAAAACUUUCAUAAUAUUUCCGCCUAAUAAUUGUCAUUUUAAAAAUAUUUUUUAUAAUAACUUUUGAUUCUAUAAAAAUCAUUAACUUUUAACGGAGAACUUUCAUUUUAAUUUUAAUUCACUUGAACCAAUUUGCCGUUUGGAAGGUUAGUUUUGUUUCAUCUACAUAUUUUAUAUAUCUUGUUUUUUAAUUCGUAAAACUCAAAAUGAUAAGCAUAGAUUGAGGCAAUGUUAACCUUGCAACGUAUUGUAAAAACCGAUUUUUUAUAUA